UUAGACCUGACAUACUUGUGCCAGACUCCACUCAAGAUGGGGUCUGGCAGGGGGAUAUGGGUACCAGAAUGGGCUUUCCUGUUAGCAGCUUGUUGUAUCCAUCUGAUAGGAGCUGACACUGAAAUCCAGCAGGAAACAGGAAGCAAAUACAUGGAGGUUAUUCAGCAGGAACAAAACACUUCUGCUAUGGUAAACAUCAUCUGGCCAAUGCUGACAAAUCCAUUAAUAAGACCUUCCAAUCCUGCUCACAAUGGUCGCGUGUGCAGCACAUGGGGUAACUUUCACUUCAAGACCUUUGAUGGAGACAUAUUCUCCUUCCCUGGACUCUGUAAUUACAUUUUUGCAUCCCAUUGCAACACUCCCUAUGAGGAUUUCAACAUCCAGAUUAGGCGCACAGUGGUGGAAAAUGCUCCAACAAUCAACCGUAUCACCAUGAUACUUGAAGGUGUAGCUGCUGAGCUAACAAAGGAUGUUGUAACGAUCAACAGCAACAGAGUUCAACUGCCAUACAGAGAAUUUGGAAUUACGAUAGAGAAAAGCAGCAUUUAUGUCAAAGUUGCCAGCAAAAUGGGUAUUGUGUUAAUGUGGAAUGAAGAUGACAGCAUCCUGCUGGAAUUGAAUGAGAAAUACGCUAAUCAGACCUGUGGACUUUGUGGGGACUUCAAUGGCUUUCCAAUUUACAAUGAGUUCUAUUCAAACAAUAUUAAGAUUACAGCAAUGCAGUUUGGGAAUAUGCAGAAAAUGGAUGGGCCAACAGAAGUCUGUGAAGACUCCGCUUCUACUCUGCCAGACAAUUGCACUGAUAUUUUUGAUGACAUAUGUGAGGAAACAUUGACCAGCUCUGCAUUUGCAGAGUGUAAUAACCUAGUUGAUGUUAAAGAGUACAUUACGGCCUGCCAAGAAGACUUGUGCCGCUCCGAAGAAUCUAAAAAUGCCUCAUGUAUCUGUGACACCUUUGCUGAAUACUCCCGGCAGUGUGCUCAUGCUGGUGGGCAUCCUCUGAACUGGAGAACCUCAAAACUGUGUCCCAAGAAGUGUCCUUACAACAUGCAGUAUGAGGAGUGUGGCUCCCCCUGCGCUGACACAUGCACCAAUCCUGAACCAUCCCAGUUUUGUGAAGAACACUGUAUGGACGGUUGUUUCUGCCCACCAGGGACUGUAUUUGAUGACAUCAAUAAUUCUGGCUGCAUUCCCCGUCAGCAGUGCUCCUGUGUUUACAAUGGCAAUGCAUAUGCCACAGGAACUUCCUUUUCAGGGCAAUGUCAUUCCUGUACCUGUAAUGGAGGCCAGUGGCGUUGUGAAAACACAUCAUGCCCAGGAACAUGUUCAGUAGAGGGAGGUUCACACAUUUCUACAUAUGAUAAAAAAUAUUAUGAUCACCAUGGAAACUGCACUUAUGUUCUCUCUAAGCACUGUACAGAUGGAACAUUUGCCAUCCUGGUAGAACUACGCAAAUGUGGCCUAACAAAAACUGGGACAUGCUUAGAGACAGUGACCCUCAACAUGAAUCAAGGACAAACUCUCAUCGAGGUCAAACCUGAUGGUGGUGUGUAUAUGAACUCGAUCUACACCCAGCUGCCUGUUUCAUCAGCUAACGCCAACGUGUUCAGACCUUCAUCAUUCUUCAUCAUCAUGCAGACAAACUUUGGUGUCCUCCUUGAAAUCCAAAUUAUACCCAUGAUGCAAGUGUUUGUGCGACUGGAUCCUAUUUUCAAAGGCCAGACAUGUGGUCUCUGUGGCAAUUUCAAUGAUCUUGAAACUGAUGACUUCAAGGUUAUAAGUGGAAUAACUGAAGGAACAGCAACAGCAUUUGCUGAUACAUGGAUGACUCAGGCUUCAUGCCCUAAAGUCCAGCGCAGUUUUGAGAACCCUUGUGCACUCAGCAUUGAUAAUGAAAAAUAUGCUCAGCACUGGUGUGGACUACUAACUGACAAGAAAGGACCUUUUGCUGAUUGUCACUAUGCAGUGAAUCCCUCUGAUUAUCACAUGAACUGCAUGUAUGACACAUGUAACUGUAAAAAUAGUGAGGACUGUCUGUGUGCAGCCCUGUCUUCCUAUGUGAGAGCUUGUGCUGCAAAAGGAAUACAGCUGGAUGGAUGGAGGACCGAUGUUUGCUCAAAAUACACCUCAUGUCCCAAAUCCCUAAGCUAUAGCUAUAACAUCUCUUCCUGUCAACCCACUUGUCGAUCUCUGAGCGAGCGUGAUGUCACAUGCAACAUUAAGUUUGUCCCAGUUGAUGGCUGCACCUGCGUAAAUGGAACUUACAUGGAUGAAAGUGGCAGAUGUGUGCCUGCUACUGAAUGCCCCUGCUACUACAGAGGAUCUCCCAUAUCAUCUGGAGAAACUGUCCAAGAAAAUGGGCUUGUAUGCACUUGCAUCCAGGGAAGACUGGAUUGCACUGGAGAACCCAAUCCAGAUCGAGUCUGUGAAUCUCCCAUGGUCUACUUAGACUGUAGAAACAUCACUGAAGGAACAACUGGAACAGAAUGUCAAAAAAGUUGUCAGACUCUGGAUAUGCAGUGUUAUAGCACGCAUUGUAUAUCUGGCUGCGUGUGCCCAGCUGGGCUUGUGUUACAUGGGAAUGGUGACUGUAUUGCUGAAGAGGAAUGUCCGUGUAUUCACAAUGAAGCCAUGUAUCAGCCUGGGGAAAAGAUCAGCGUUGACUGUAACACCUGUGUAUGCAAGAAUAGGAAGUGGGAAUGCACCAAAGAUCAAUGUCUGGGCACUUGUACUGUUUACGGAGAUGGUCAUUAUAAUACCUUUGAUGGCAAAAGGUUCAACUUCAAUGGAAACUGUGAAUACACGCUAGUUCAGGACCACUGUGGAAUGAGUGGCACAGCCAAUGGAACCUUUCGGGUUAUUACUGAAAAUAUUCCCUGUGGCAACAGUGGGACAACUUGCUCAAAAUCUAUCAAAGUUUUCUUAGAGAGCUAUGAACUGAUACUUGGUGAGGAGCAUGUCAGUGUCAUAAAGAGAGGACAAAAUAAUGAGGUGCCAUACACAGUCCGCUAUAUGGGUAUGUACUUGGUAAUUGAGACCAGAAGUGGACUGAUACUCAUGUGGGACAAGAAAACCAGCAUCUUCAUCAAGCUCAGCCCUGAUUUUAAGGGCCAGAUCUGUGGCCUCUGUGGAAAUUAUGAUGGCAGCGGCAUCAAUGACUUUACUACAAGGAGUCAGUCUGUGGUAGAGAAUGUCCUAGAGUUUGGAAACAGCUGGAAAGUAUCCUCUACAUGUCCUGAUGCUUCCAGCAUAAAGGACCCCUGUUCUACCAACCCUUAUCGAAAAUCCUGGUCAGAGAAACAGUGCAGCAUCAUCAACAGCAAUGUCUUUGCUGCCUGUCACUCUCAGGUUGAACCAGCAAAAUAUUACCAAGCAUGUGUGACAGAUGCUUGUGCAUGUGACACUGGAGGAGACUGUGACUGCUUUUGUACAGCAGUAGCUGCCUAUGCUCAAGCAUGUAGUGAAGUUGGUGUCUGCAUAGCCUGGAGAACCCCAUCAAUCUGUCCACUGUUCUGUGAUUACUACAAUCAACAAGGGGAAUGUGAAUGGCACUAUAAGCCUUGUGGAGCCUCUUGUAUGAAGACCUGUAGGAAUCCAAGUGGAAAAUGCCUCCAUAACUUGUCAGGUUUAGAAGGCUGCUACCCUAACUGCCCACCAGACAAGCCAUAUUUUCAUGAGGACCAGAUGAAGUGCGUUAGUCUCUGUGACUGUUAUGAUAAUGAAGAUGGAAAGAUAUACAUACGGGAUGAAUGCCGUGUAUGUGAAUGCACAUCAGAUGGUUUAGAGUGCAAGUUUGAUGAUAAAGCAUGCCACUGCAUUUAUGAAGGACACAACUAUAAAUAUGGUGAAGUCAUCUACAACACCACAGAUGGAACUGGAUGGUGUUUCACUGCAACAUGUGACGUCAAUGGAACAAUUAGCAGAAAUAUCUCUAAAUGUGGCAUUUUUACAACAACCCCAUUUUCUUCUAUUACAACUCAGCCCGAAACUACUGCUUCAGAAAUGACAACUGCAGCACCAGUGACAACUGUAUGUGUGAAGAAUAUAUGUUCAUGGUCAGAAUGGUAUGACUGCACACAGCCUGAAAAUAAAGAGGAUAGUGGAGAUUAUGAAACAUUUGAAAAUCUCAAAGAAAAAGGAUACAGUGUGUGUAAAAACCCAAAUGGUGUUCAAUGCAGAGCCAAAGAACACCCAAAUAUAGAAAUAAACAAUCUUAACCAAACACUUAAAUGUAGUCUCAGUACAGGAUUAAUAUGCAAUAACAAAGACCAGCAAUCUAAGCACUGCUAUAAUUAUGAAAUCAGAAUAUUAUGCUGCAGUUACGUACCAUGUUCAGAAUUACGAACUACAACAGCAAGAACCACAGAAUUCACAGCUACUGCUGUAAAAUCAACACCAUUCACAAUACAAACAAAGACACAACAAACAACAAAAUAUGGAGUAACAGAAGUGCAAACAAGUGAAGUAACUACAUCACCGACAGAGAGAGAAAGCACAAUAAGGACUGUAACUACAAUUACAGCAAAACCACAACAAAUAUCAACAACAGGUUACCAGACAACAUCAAUUAAACAAGAAACAUCAACGCUAGAAACCCAGGUUCCAACAUCACACAGUCCAGCCACAAGCCUCAACCCACCAGGAAUAACAACCACCACUGGCACCACAGGUCUUCCCACUACCACUGUAAGGUCAACACAAGGAACAACCAUAAUCACCACCACCAGCAUGGCUAGCACCACCAGGACCUCUCCACCUCCAAAAGAAGGAACCACCAUCGUCACACCCACUACAACAUCACACACCUCAGCCAGAAGCACAAAAAGCACCUCAAGGACAACCACAGGAAGCACCACAACGUCUAAAUCCAUCUCUACUCCACCACAAACAUCCACUCCACCAACACACUCUCCAACACCACACAGUACUGCCACCAGCCUCAGCCCAUCAGCAACGACAACCACCACUGGCACCACCAUUGUCCCCAGUACCACUGCACCGCCAACAGAAGGCACAAGCAUCAUCACCAACACGGCCAGCACCACCAGGACCUCUCCACCUCCAACAGAAGGAACCACCAUCGUCACACCCACUCCAACAUCACACACCUCAGCCAGUAGCACAAUCAACACUUCCAGGACCACCACAGGAAGCACCACAAAUUCCAUAUCCACCUCUGGCCCUGGUCAAACAUCCACUUCUACAAGCCAGGCUCCAACAUCACACGGUACUGCCACCAGCCUCAACAUAUCAACAAUGACAACCACCACCGGCACAACUGUUGUCCCCAUUAGCACUGCACUGCCAACAGAAAGCAUGAGCAUCAGCACUACCACCAGCACGGCCAGCACCACCAGGACCUCUCCACUGACAACGGAAGGAACAAGCACCAGCACACCCACUCUAACACCAACCACCUCAGCUACAACCACCACUCUCAGCACCUCCAGGACAUCUACCACCUGCCAGCCACAAUGUGUCUGGACGCAGUGGUUUGACGUGGAUACCCCCAGCCCAGGGAGUGAAAAUGGAGACAGAGAGACAUUUGAAAGCAUCCGAGCCGCUGGGUACACACUGUGUGACAAGCCUCAAGACAUCAAGUGCCGUGCUAAAGAUUACCCUUCUAGGAGUUGGGACAAGUUGGGACAGGUCUUUGAGUGCAGCAUCGAAUUUGGCCUUGUGUGCAAAAAUGAGGAUCAGAUAACAAAGUACCCCCUGUGCUUUGACUAUGAGAUUCAGGUGCUGUGUUGUGACACUAAAACCUGCACGGGCACACCAACAACUACAGGCACUACUGCAGGAUCGUCCACCGCAGCCUCUCCAAGACAAACCUCCACUCCGCCAACACAGUCUCCAACAGUACACAGUACUGCCACCAGCCUCAGCCCAUCAGCAAUGACAACCACCACUGGCACCACCAUUGUCCCCAGUACCACUGUACCGCCAACAGAAAACACGAGCACCAUCACUACCACCAGCAGUGCCAGCACCACCAGGACCUCUCCACCUCCAACAGAAGGAACCACCAUCGUCAAACCCACUCCAACAUCACACACCUCAGCGAGCAGCACAAUCAGUACUUCCAGGACCACCACAGGAAACACCACAACCUCCAUAUCCACCUCUACUCCAAUUCAAACAUCCACUUCUCCAUCCCAGACUCCAAAAUCAGAUAGUAACGGCACAAGUCUCAACCCAUCAAAAACGACAACUACCACUGGCACUACCGUAGUCCGCAGUAGCACUGCACUGCCAACAGGAGGCACAACCACCAUCACUACCACCAGCACAGCCAGCACCACCAGGACCUCUCCACCUCCAACAGAAGGAACCACCAUCGUCACACCCACUCCAACAUCACACACCUCAGCCAGUAGUACAAUCAGUACUUCCAGGACCACCACAGGAGGCACCACAAAUUCCAUAUCCACCUCUGCUCCAGUUCAAACAUCCACUUCUAUAACUCAGGUUACAACAUCACACAGUACUUCCACCAGCCUCAAACCAUCAACAAUGACAACUACCACUGGCACCACCGUUGUCAUCAGUAGCACUGCACUGCCAACAGAGAGCACGAGCAUCAGCACUACCACCAGCACGGCCAGCACCACCAGGACCUCUCCACUGACAACGGAAGGAACAAGCACCAGCACACCCACUCUAACACCGACCACCUCAGCUACAAGCACCACUCUCAGCACCUCCAGGACAUCUACCACCUGCCAGCCACAAUGUGUCUGGACGCAGUGGUUUGACGUGGAUACCCCCAGCCCAGGGAGUGAAAAUGGAGACAGAGAGACAUUUGAAAGCAUCCGAGCCGCUGGGUACACACUGUGUGACAAGCCUCAAGACAUCAAGUGCCGUGCUAAAGAUUACCCUUCUAGGAGUUGGGACAAGUUGGGACAGGUCUUUGAGUGCAGCAUCGAAUUUGGCCUUGUGUGCAAAAAUGAGGAUCAGAUAACAAAGUACCCCCUGUGCUUUGACUAUGAGAUUCAGGUGCUGUGUUGCGACACUAAAACCUGCACGGGCACACCAACAACUACAGGCACUACUGCAGGAUCGUCCACCGCAGCCUCUCCAAGACAAACCUCCACUCCGCCAACACAGUCUCCAACAGUACACAGUACUGCCACCAGCCUCAGCCCAUCAGCAAUGACAACCACCACUAGCACCACCAUUGGCCGCAGUACCACUGUACCGCCAACAGAAAACACGAGCACCAUCACUACCACCAGCAGUGCCAGCACCACCAGGACCUCUCCACCUCCAACAGAAGGAACCACCAUCGUCAAACCCACUCCAACAUCACACACCUCAGCCAGUAGCACAAUCCUCACAUCCAGGGCCACCACAGGAAGCACUACAAUGUCCACAGCCACCUCUACUCCAGCUCAAACAUCCACUCCGCCAACACAGUCUCCAAUAGCACAAAGUACUGCCACAAGCCUCAGCCCAUCAACAAUGACAACCACCACUGGCACCACCAUUCUCCCAAGUACCACUGCAACGCCUACAGAAGGCAUUAGCACCAUCACUACCACCAGCACGGCCAGCACCACCAGGACCUCUCCACCUCCAACAGAAGGAACCACCAUCGUCACACCCACUCCAACAUCACACACCUCAGCCAGUAGUACAAUCAGUACUUCCAGGACCACCACAGGAGGCACCACAAAUUCCAUAUCCACCUCUGCUCCAGUUCAAACAUCCAUUUCUAUAACUCAGGUUACAACAUCACUCAGUACUGCCACCAGCCUCAAACCAUCAGGAAUGACAACCACCACUGGCACCACCAUUGUCCCCAGUACCACUGUACCGCCAACAGAAAACACGAGCACCAUCACUACCACCAGCACGGCCAGCACCACCAGGACCUCUCCACCUCCAACAGAAGGAACCACCAUCGUCAAACCCACUCCAACAUCACACGCCUCAGCCAGUAGCACAAUCCUCACAUCCAGGGCCACCACAGGAAGCACUACAAUGUCCACAGCCACCUCUACUCCAGCUCAAACAUCCACUCCGCCAACACAGUCUCCAAUAGCACAAAGUACUGCCACAAGCCUCAGCCCAUCAACAAUGACAACCACCACUGGCACCACCAUUCUCCCAAGUACCACUGCAACGCCUACAGAAGGCAUUAGCACCAUCACUACCACCAGCACGGCCAGCACCACAAGGACCUCUCCACCUCCAACAGAAGGAACCACCAUCAUCACACCCACUCCAACAUCACACACCUCAGCCAGUAGUACAAUCAGUACUUCCAGGACCACCACAGGAGGCACCACAAAUUCCAUAUCCACCUCUGCUCCAGUUCAAACAUCCACUUCUAUAACUCAGGUUACAACAUCACACAGUACUGCCACCAGCCUCAAACCAUCAACAAUGACAACUACCACUGGCACCACCGUUGUCCCCAGUAGCACUGCACUGCCAACAGAAAGCACCAGCAUCAGCACUACCACCAGCACGGCCAGCACCACCAGGACCUCUCCACUGACAACGGAAGGAACAAGCACCAGCACACCCACUCUAACACCGACCACCUCAGCUACAACCACCACUCUCAGCACCUCCAGGACAUCUACCACCUGCCAGCCACAAUGUGUCUGGACGCAGUGGUUUGACGUGGAUACCCCCAGCCCAGGGAGUGAAAAUGGAGACAGAGAGACAUUUGAAAGCAUCCGAGCCGCUGGGUACACACUGUGUGACAAGCCUCAAGACAUCAAGUGCCGUGCUAAAGAUUACCCUUCUAGGAGUUGGGACAAGUUGGGACAGGUUGAGUGCAGCAUCGAAUUUGGCCUUGUGUGCAAAAAUGAGGAUCAGAUAACAAAGUACCCCCUCUUUGACUAUGAGAUUCAGGUGCUGUGUUGCGACACUAAAACCUGCACGGGCACACCAACAACUACAGCCUCCACUCCGCCAACACAGUCUCCAACAGUACACAGUACUGCCACCAGCCUCAGCCCAUCAGCAAUGACAACCACCACUGGCACCACCAUUGUCCCCAGUACCACUGUACCGCCAACAGAAAACACGAGCACCAUCACUACCACCAGCAGUGCCAGCACCACCAGGACCUCUCCACCUCCAACAGAAGGAACCACCAUCGUCACACCCACUCCAACAUCACACACCUCAGCCAGUAGCACAAUCCUCACAUCCAGGGCCACCACAGGAAGCACUACAAUGUCCACAGCCACCUCUACUCCAGCUCAAACAUCCACUCCGCCAACACAGUCUCCAAUAGCACACAGUACUGCCACAAGCCUCAGCCCAUCAACAAUGACAACCACCACUGGCACCACCAUUCUCCCAAGUACCACUGCAACGCCUACAGAAGGCAUUAGCACCAUCACUACCACCAGCACGGCCAGCACCACAAGGACCUCUCCACCUCCAACAGAAGGAACCACCAUCAUCACACCCACUCCAACAUCACACACCUCAGCCAGUAGUACAAUAGUACUUCCAGACCACCACAGGAGGCACCACAAAUUCCAUAUCCACCUCUCUCCAGUUCAAACAUCCACUUCUAUAACUCAGGUUACAACAUCACACAGUACUGCCACCAGCCUCAAACCAUCAACAAUGACAACUACCACUGGCACCACCGUUGUCCCCAGUAGCACUGCACUGCCAACAGAAAGCACCAGCAUCAGCACUACCACCAGCACGGCCAGCACCACCAGGACCUCUCCACUGACAACGGAAGGAACAAGCACCAGCACACCCACUCUAACACCGACCACCUCAGCUACAACCACCACUCUCAGCACCUCCAGGACAUCUACCACCUGCCAGCCACAAUGUGUCUGGACGCAGUGGUUUGACGUGGAUACCCCCAGCCCAGGGAGUGAAAAUGGAGACAGAGAGACAUUUGAAAGCAUCCGAGCCGCUGGGUACACACUGUGUGACAAGCCUCAAGACAUCAAGUGCCGUGCUAAAGAUUACCCUUCUAGGAGUUGGGACAAGUUGGGACAGGUCUUUGAGUGCAGCAUCGAAUUUGGCCUUGUGUGCAAAAAUGAGGAUCAGAUAACAAAGUACCCCCUGUGCUUUGACUAUGAGAUUCAGGUGCUGUGUUGCGACACUAAAACCUGCACGGGCACACCAACAACUACAGGCACUACUGCAGGAUCAUCCACCGCAGCCUCUCCAAGACAAACCUCCACUCCGCCAACACAGUCUCCAACAGUACACAGUACUGCCACCAGCCUCAGCCCAUCAGCAAUGACAACCACCACUGGCACCACCAUUGUCCCCAGUACCACUGUACCGCCAACAGAAAACACGAGCACCAUCACUACCACCAGCAGUGCCAGCACCACCAGGACCUCUCCACCUCCAACAGAAGGAACCACCAUCGUCACACCCACUCCAACAUCACACACGUCAGCCAGUAGCACAAUCCUCACAUCCAGGGCCACCACAGGAAGCACUACAAUGUCCACAGCCACCUCUACUCCAGCUCAAACAUCCACUCCGCCAACACAGUCUCCAAAAGCACAAAGUACUGCCACAAGCCUCAGCCCAUCAACAAUGACAACCACCACUGGCACCACCAUUGUCACCAGUACCACUGUACCGCCAACAGAAAACACGAGCACCAUCACUACCACCAGCACGACCAGCACCACCAGGACCUCUCCACCUCCAACAGAAGGAACCACCAUCGUCACACCCACUCCAACAUCACACACCUCAGCCAGUAGCACAAUCAACACUUCCAGGACCACCACAGGAAGCACCACAAAUUCCAUAUCCACCUCUGGCCCUGGUCAAACAUCCACUUCUACAAGCCAGGCUCCAACAUCACACGGUACUGCCACCAGCCUCAACAUAUCAACAAUGACAACCACCACCGGCACUACUAUUGUCCCCAUUAGCACUGCACUGCCAACAGAAAGCAUGAGCAUCAGCACUACCACCAGCACGGCCAGCACCACCAGGACCUCUCCACUGACAACGGAAGGAACAAGCACCAGCACACCCACUCUAACACUGACCACCUCAGCUACAACCACCACUCUCAGCACCUCCAGGACAUCUACCACCUGCCAGCCACAAUGUGUCUGGACGCAGUGGUUUGACGUGGAUACCCCCAGCCCAGGGAGUGAAAAUGGAGACAGAGAGACAUUUGAAAGCAUCCGAGCCGCUGGGUACACACUGUGUGACAAGCCUCAAGACAUCAAGUGCCGUGCUAAAGAUUACCCUUCUAGGAGUUGGGACAAGUUGGGACAGGUCUUUGAGUGCAGCAUCGAAUUUGGCCUUGUGUGCAAAAAUGAGGAUCAGAUAACAAAGUACCCCCUGUGCUUUGACUAUGAGAUUCAGGUGCUGUGUUGCGACACUAAAACCUGCACGGGCACACCAACAACUACAGGCACUACUGCAGGAUCGUCCACCGCAGCCUCUCCAAGACAAACCUCCACUCCGCCAACACAGUCUCCAACAGUACACAGUACUGCCACCAGCCUCAGCCCAUCAGCAAUGACAACCACCACUGGCACCACCAUUGUCCCCAGUACCACUGUACCGCCAACAGAAAACACGAGCACCAUCACUACCACCAGCAGUGCCAGCACCACCAGGACCUCUCCACCUCCAACAGAAGGAACCACCAUCGUCACACCCACUCCAACAUCACACACCUCAGCCAGUAGCACAAUCCUCACAUCCAGGACCACCACAGGAAGCACUACAAUGUCCACAGCCACCUCUACUCCAGCUCAAACAUCCACUCCGCCAACACAGUCUCCAAAAGCACAAAGUACUGCCACAAGCCUCAGCCCAUCAACAAUGACAACCACCACUGGCACCACCAUUCUCCCAAGUACCACUGCAACGCCUACAGAAGGCAUUAGCACCAUCACUACCACCAGCACGGCCAGCACCACCAGGACUUCUCCACCUCCAACAGAAGGAACCACCAUCGUCACACCCACUCCAACAUCACACACCUCAGCCAGUAGCACAAUUCUCACAUCCAGGACCAGCACAGGAAGCACUACAACGUCCACAGCCACCUCUGCUCCAGCUCAAACAUCCACUCCGCCAACGCAGUCUCCAACAGCACACAGUACUGCCACCAGCCUUAGCCCAUCAGCAACGACAACCACCACUGGCACCACCAUUGUCCCCAGUACCACUGUACCGCCAACAGAAAGCACGAGCACCAUCACUACCACCAGCACGACCAGCACCACCAGGACCUCUCCACCUCCAACAGAAGGAACCACCAUCGUCACACCCACUCCAACAUCACACACCUCAGCCAGUAGCACAAUCAACACUUCCAGGACCACCACAGGAAGCACCACAAAUUCCAUAUCCACCUCUGGCCCUGGUCAAACAUCCACUUCUACAAGCCAGGCUCCAACAUCACACGGUACUGCCACCAGCCUCAACAUAUCAACAAUGACAACCACCACCGGCACUACUGUUGUCCCCAGUAGCACUGCACUGCCAACAGAAAGAACGAGCAUCAGCACUACCACCAGCACGGCCAGCACCACCAGGACCUCUCCACUGACAACGGAAGGAACAAGCACCAGCACACCCACUCUAACACUGACCACCUCAGCUACAACCACCACUCUCAGCACCUCCAGGACAUCUACCACCUGCCAGCCACAAUGUGUCUGGACGCAGUGGUUUGACGUGGAUACCCCCAGCCCAGGGAGUGAAAAUGGAGACAGAGAGACAUUUGAAAGCAUCCGAGCCGCUGGGUACACACUGUGUGACAAGCCUCAAGACAUCAAGUGCCGUGCUAAAGAUUACCCUUCUAGGAGUUGGGACAAGUUGGGACAGGUCUUUGAGUGCAGCAUCGAAUUUGGCCUUGUGUGCAAAAAUGAGGAUCAGAUAACAAAGUACCCCCUGUGCUUUGACUAUGAGAUUCAGGUGCUGUGUUGCGACACUAAAACCUGCACGGGCACACCAACAACUACAGGCACUACUGCAGGAUCGUCCACCGCAGCCUCUCCAAGACAAACCUCCACUCCGCCAACACAGUCUCCAACAGCACACAGUACUGCCACCAGCCUCAAACCAUCAGCAAUGACAACCACCACUGGCACCACCAUUGUCCCCAGUACCACUGUACCGCCAACAGAAAACACGAGCAGCAUCACUACCACCAGCACGACCAGCACCACCAGGACCUCUCCACCUCCAACAGAAGGAACCACCAUCGUCAAACCCACUCCAACAUCACACACCUCAGCCAGUAGCACAAUCCUCACAUCCAGGGCCACCACAGGAAGCACUACAACGUCCACAUCUACCUCUACUCCAGCACAAACCUCCUCUCUGCCAACCCAGCCUCCAACACCACACAUUACUGUUGUGAGUGUCAAUCAAUCAGCAACCACAACCAUUCCUGCUUCGUUGGGGCUUCGCAGUACCAUUGCAGCAACAACACAAGGCACAACCACCACCACUACCACCAGCCCAACCAGCACCACCAGGUCCCCUCCAUCUCCAACAGAAGGAACCACCAUUAUCACACCUGCUGAAACAGUGCCCACAUCAAGAGCCCGCAGUACCACCACCUCAAGGAUCACCACAGGAAGCAGCACGACAUCCGUGACUGCUUCAGCAGAAUCCUCUCCUUUGGCAACUAAGGCUCCAACAUCACAUAGUACUUCUUCCCUUGUUGACCCCUCAAGAACAACAACCACUACUGGUACCAUGGUUUUCACUAUUACCACUGCACUGCCAACAGAAGGUACAACCAUCACCACUACCACCAGCACGGCCAGCACCACCUGGACCUCUCCACCUCCAAUGGAAGAAACAACCAUGACAACCAGUGCUAGAGUACCCACCUCAGCAGUCAGCAGUAGCAGCACCUCAAGGACCACCACAGGAGACACCACAACAUUCACGUCUGGUCCAUCAGAAACAUCCACUCUGUCAACUGAGGCUCAAACUUCACACAUUACUGCCUCCAGCCAUCACCCUUCAGCAACAAUGACCGUAUUUUCUACGCACAUCCCUGCCACAUCUGUUUCUUCUACUGCACUAAGUACUGCCACAAUUCCCAGAAUUUUCUCUACCACCAGCAUCCCAGUAACAACCUCUGCUACACCACAAUCAAGUCAUGUUACAAGAAUCACUUCUCCAGUCUUCAGUUCUGUCUCCAGCACACCUGUCACAACAGAAGCAAGUACAUUUGUAUCAUCAACUGGAACGACUCCAUGUUUUUGUCAUGUAUAUGGUAAUUUUUUUUCUCCUGGAGAAGUGAUAUACAACAAAACAGAUGGCGCUGGCUGUAAUUUUUAUGCACUUUGCAGCAAGGAAUGUGAAAUUGACCGAUACCAGGGGCCAUGUCCUACAACAACUUUCACUUCAACACAAGCCACCUCAUCCACAGAACACAGAUUUUCUUCCGUCUCACAGACAACAGCAACAUCCACCACAAGUUCAGUAGCAAGAAACUGUACUUUUGCCAAUCCUCUGCGAAAGCCUGGAGAGCACUGGAUAAGUGAAUGCCAGAAGUGUGUCUGCGACCCCCACACUGCUAUCGUACAAUGCCAGCCGAUUCUAUGCCCAACAGCUCAGACACUAAUUUGUGACCUUGGAUAUGUUUCUGUGCCUGUACUACCACAAAAAGACUCAUGUUGUCCUGAAUACCAGUGCAAACCAAUAGAUGGCAUCUGUGUGAUUAACGAUGCAAUGUACAAGGCUGGAACAUCGACAGUCAUCAAUUCAUGCAAGAAUUGUACCUGCACUUAUGAGAAAGAUCCAGUGAAUAAUACAAAUAUUGCGCACUGUGAAACAGUUCAAUGUGAAACAUCUUGCCCACUGGGUUACCAAUACAUGACUGAGGAUGGAGAGUGUUGUGGGGAGUGUAUUCAAGUAGCUUGCGUAAUCAAACUAAAUAACACCAUUCACGUGCUCCGAGUUGAUGAUGUCCUGUCAACCGAUAACUGCACCCAUUACAAAUGUGAAAAAAUUGAAGAUCAAUUUGUUGCAGCCCAAACUAAAAAAAUAUGCCCUGAGUACAAUCCAGAAGAGUGUGAUCCGGAUGAAACAGAGAGUACUCCUGAUGGGUGCUGCAAAAUAUGUAAACCUACAAACUGCAAAGUCUAUAGCAAAAAGACUGUGAUCCGCCUCGGUGACUGUGAAUCUUCAGUACCUGUUGAGCUGACAUACUGUGAAGGAACUUGCCCUGGCUCCUCAGUGUAUUCUUUUGAAGCAAACCAGAUGCAACACGAGUGCGGCUGCUGCCAGGAGUUCAGCAGCCAAACAAAAGAGGUGACCCUGACUUGCCCAGAUGGAACAAGCAUGAAUUAUAGCUAUGUUUACGUGGAUCAAUGCCAGUGUACGAAUGCAUGCACCUCAGACACUUCUGCAGCAUCUGAUUCCCAACAGAAAAUCAGCAGACGAAAGAGAUGAUCACUAGAAAAAGAAAGCCUAGAGAAGCUGGAAUCUUGUUUUCUCCACAAUAACUUGUGCUCCUUCUUUAACAGAUCUCGUGUCAAUUUCUGUUAUCACCUUUUCUCAUUUCUUACUUGUAAAAGAAUAUAAAUAAAAGUCAAACAAUGAAA